UUAGAGUUGUCAUGGAGUCGCUUCAUGUGAUGCGGGAUUUGAGGAAUGAAACAGAGCCUCCAGCAUUCCCGACUCCCACACCAGUGCUGCUGGACUGACUGCACGACUCCAUCCCAUUCCGAGGGGUUUGGGUUGUACUGGGACUAGAUUUCUACUUAGAACCUUCAGAGCUCAUCUGGGGAUUUGUUCGGGCGCGUGCAGGGGCGGGACUGUGCAGGGAGAAGUUAGGAAAUAACCACACGGUUAUUCAUCUUCGGUGGAUUUGGGACCACAGUUUCUCUCAUAUCAGGUCAGAUCAGAUCAGAUCAGAUCAGAUCAGUGCAGCUGUGUUGAGGAAGACGGGCUGAGGUCUGAUUAUCCUUCUGAUCUGCGAGUGAAAGUGAAACAGUAAAGAGGUGCAGGAUGGACGGAACCAACAGAACCGACCCGGCAUGCAUACAAGAACCGCCUCUGGCUAUCGAAGUGAUCAGACAGCUCGAUGUUUUCGGGAUCAUCCUUUACUCCGUACUCACCUUCAUGGCGUCGGUGUCCAUGCUGCUCUACAUCGAGGAGUGUGUUUACAUCUACAGGAAAGUUUCCAACAACAAGAAGAGUGCCGUCAUCUGGGUGAACGGAGCCGCACCGGUUAUCGGUGCGAUGUCCUGUUUAGGAAUGUGGAUCCCAAGAGCCACGAUGUUCACGGACAUGACCUCAGCCACGUAUUUUGCCAUCGUGGUGUUUAAGUUUCUGAUUCUGAUGAUCGAGGAAUGUGGAGGUGAUGAGGUUUUUCUGAAGCGUUCAGCUAAUAAGACGUUCCGGAUCAGUACCGGCCCGUGCUGUUGCUGCUGCCCCUGUCUGCCCCGAGUCCCCAUCACACGUCGCUCUCUGUUCAUGCUGAAACUGGCCGCCUUCCAGUUCGCUCUGCUGAAGGUGGUGUUUACGAUCUUGUCCAUCAUUUUGUGGACGAACAAGAACUUCGACGUUGCUGAUAUGUCUAUCAGCGGUGCUGCGAUCUGGAUAAACCCCGGCGUGGGCGUCCUCACCAUCAUCGCUCUGUGGCCUGUUGCCAUCAUGUUCAUGCACGUGCGCAACACUUUACGCAGCCUGAAGAUUAUCCCGAAAUAUGCCAUGUAUCAGCUGGUGCUGGUGCUCAGUCAGCUGCAGUCGGCCAUCAUUAAUAUUCUGGCCAUGAACGGGACGAUCGGCUGCGCCCCGCCGUUCUCCUCUCAGAGCCGCGGUUACUUGAUGAGUCAGCAGCUUCUGAUCUUGGAGAUGUUCAUCAUCACGCUCGUGACUCGGUUGUUGUACCGGCGUCGGUAUGAUCCCAUACCUUACAGCGACAGCGAAGAGGAGAAGAAUAAUGGUCUCGCAUCUGAGUCCAGCAAACACUGUGUGAAAAAAUAAUGAGUGAAAUGCUUUUUUUGGCUCAUCACAGUCACACAGACAUGUAUAUCUAUAUUUUUGUAUUUAUAAGCAACUGGCUCUUUUUUGACAAAUAAGGUACAGCAUUUUUUUUAUCAGUAUAUUUUUAAUCAGUACAGUAAUUUUUGUAGGUCUGUCCAACUUUUUGUGCAGAAAAAGUACAAUGUUUUAAACUAUUAUUAUUAUUAUUAUUGUUAUUAUUAUUAUUGUUGUGGGUUCAUAUGGUGGCUUAGUCAGUUCGCACAUUUGCCUCACACCUCCAGCGUUGUGGGUUCGAUUCCAGCCGCCAGCCUGUGUGUGCAGAGAUUCCAUGUUCUCCCUGUGCUUCUGGGGUUUCCUCUGGGUACUCCGGUUUCAUCUCCCAGUCCAAAGACAUGCGUUGUAGGCUGAUUGGCAUCUCUAAAUUGUCCAUAGUCUGUGAAUGGGUGUGUGAAUGUGUGUGUGAUUGUGCCCUGUGAUGGCUUGGCAUCCCCUCCAGGGUAUCCCCCGCCUUGUGCCCUGAGUUUCCUUUGACUGGCUCCAGGUUCCCGUGACACUGUGUAUAAUAAUAAUAAUAAUAAAUUUUAUUUUUGGGUGCCUUUCAAGACACUCAGGGACUGUUACGUACGUCUCGAGGCAAAAUAUUCCAAAGACUCGGAGCAGUACAACUAAACGCUCUACAUCCCAUAAUAGUCAAAUGUACAAAAUGGACGGAUGGAUGGAUUAUUAUUGUUCUUAUUUUUCACUUGCAGCACUUUUUGCAAUUGAAAUGCAGAAUAAAUCCACGUGGAACGUGUUCUUCUUCUUCUUCUUCUUCUUUUUCUUUUCUUAUUUCCUAAUUUCUCAGGGAGAGUCUUCACCCCUUGCCCUAAUGGCAUCAUUAUUGUUUAAACUUACUGUUCAUUAUUUUUAAUUAAAUUUGCUCAGAUUGAUCAGA